AUGGAAGUCAAGCAAAGCUUGGCCGCGGGCAUCUGCGGAGCGAUCUUCGUAGUGGUGCACUUCCAGCUGCUGCACCCGAGCCUUCGCUGGAUCUGGCAGCAGCUCCGCCAGCUGAUGCCCGCAGAUGCCGUGACGCCGGAGCAGCGGCUGCGCAAGACCCGGAUUCACGAAGGCAUGUGCAGCAUUCGGCAGAAGACUUACAUCAUGUGCGGUAGUUUGUUCGUUCACAUUCUCCCGCUCAAUGUAUUAUACAUCUGCUACUUCAGCAACGACCAGAAUGGAUCCUGGAAUGUCCUGGCCCAAGUGGCAGUGCUGGCGUGCGUGUACUUGCAGCAUUUGGUGGUGGCGACUGGCUUUCUCAAGCCGACUCCCGGGCAAGUUCGGCUUUUGUGCUUCAGUAUCUACAUGCAGUUCACCUGCUUUGUUGUCAUCAUGAUGCCAAAAUCCUUGGAAGGGAUUCAAGGCUUGCAGAAUGCCCUUACAAACAUCGAGUAUGCAGUUAUUUCUCGCUGUUUCCUCGUUAUCGUGUUUGUGGAUACAGAGCUGGCCGUCCUUUGCCACGUGCCGGUAUCAUUUGCCUUUGUGUACACGCAGAGCUCUUUCUUGCCGCUGUCCACCUGCUGCUUCAAGGAACUCCAGAUCUGCUGCGGCCUAACUGCACUUUCCAUGGCCCUGGAGUUCCUGUUGCACUGCAGAGUCGAGGCCUUGCUGGAUUCGGAGGAGGCGGAAUCCAUGCUGUCCAGCUUGAGGCGCAUGCUGCGGGGAGUCUGCGAUGGGGAGAUUCUUCUAGACAGCAACCUGCAGAUCCAGGGGAACCCGGAAUGUCUGAAGCACCUCUUGAUGAGCACGGCAGACAUGAGCGGCAAAGACUUCAACCGCUUGAUCGCCUCGGAUGAGGAGGAAAGCUUUCAGCGAUUCAUCGCUUUUUCCACUUGCACGGCCAAGAACAACAGCCAGGCUGACCGCCACGCGCCGCCCUGCCUGCGCUUGUCUUUGCGAGGUUCCAUGGACAUGCGUGUGGCCGUGGACAUGUUCCACGUGCCGCUGCCAAACCCAUCCGGGGCAGAGGAGCCGUACCAUUUGCUGGCCGUGCGCGAGGAUGCGGAGACACGGGAGCCGGGCCCGGCACCGGGAGAGAUGCCGGAGGUGCCCCGGAUGGUGACGUCGCCCACGCGAUCUCGCAGCUCACGAUCCUCGCGGUCCUCGCGAACUUCUGGCUCGUCCACAAGUUCUGCUUGGCAGCCCUUUCCGGACCUCUCGGAGAUCACCCUCAUGGUGGAUGUCAGGACGCCGCAGCACAACGUGGAGCAGAUGCACCUAAGCUUCGCAUCUCCCACCUUCAGCCUCCGGACGCUUGUCCGGCCAACGGAUUGGGAGAGCGUGCGGCUUGCGCUUGAGGGCUUUGCGGAUGAGGCAGAGGGUGGCUUCAUGGAUCCCGGGGUGAUGCGAAACCUGACCCUCCGGAGCCCCGACGGCAAGAAGUUCUGCUCCAAAGACGUGGCCGUCGAAGCUUUCCGACCCCCCCACGGUGACCUGAGGCUCCGGCUGCACCUCAUGAACUUCCUGUCAGAGCCGGCCCGAAGGGCCGUCCUGCAGGGCAUCGACGUCUUGAAGGAGCGUGCGAUGGCGCAUGAGAUGAGACUACGGAGGCAGGUUUUGCAGGUGGCAGCGGCGGCUUGUUCUGAGAGCCCCAUGGCGGCGCAGCUGGACAUCCGCAUCGUGGAGGCGCGGCUGGUGCGCAUCUUCGACAGCCUCAAGCCCAACCAAGACGUUUUCGUUCAGCUGGUUUGCGGCUAUGAAGAUGGCAGCGAGAAGGUGGUCGGGCGCACUGAGACUCACAAGAAUGGGAACCUGGCGCCACGGUGGAACCAAAGGUUCCUUUGCGGCCGCGACUCCUCCAAGGGAGGAAAAACCUUGAAGUUCAAGGUGCACAUUGACCAUGUGUGGCGCAGCCCCGUGCUUUGUGGGGAGGCUGAAUUCGGUCUCGACAAUCUUUGGCGCCGCGCCAACGGUCGGGCGCAGGAGGUGCCCGUGCCGCUCUUCAAGAAGGGCGAGCAGACAGGACUUUUGAACAUCAGCAUUGCCCUCGCUGCAGGUGGCUACGGUUCAAGCCCGGCCACAGGCUAUGGCUCAACACCGGUGAACCAGAUGAAUCUGGAUCCUUGCUCUCCAGGCAUGAGCCCAGGCAAUCGGUGGGGCAUGGAGAGGCCAGGCCCAAGCGCGGGGCCUGGUCCAGGUCUCUCCGCAGGCGGUUUAAGCCGAGGCAGGGGUGCUUCCAAGCCUUGCGGGUGGUCCUGCCAUGGCCCGAUGGCUUUGGAUAGGCCGUUUCCGGAGCGGCCGGCCUUCGGAGGCAACUUAGCAGCCUCCGUGGGCGUUGCGCAGGCGGAUUCAGAGCAGCCAGGGCAGGUGCCUCGGGAGCUCGGAGCCUCACCACAGCGCAUCCCCGAGCCGCGCGCGCCGCCCGCGUUGCCGGCGCCGGCGGUGGGAUCCUACCAGAUGCGAGACAUGCGGACGGGACAGCCGCUGGCUCAUCUCCAGUAUCCCCAGCAGCAGCAGCAGCAGCAGCAGCAGCAGCAGCAACAGCAGCAGCAGCAGGCGCAGCAGCAGGCGCUGCAGCAGGCGCAGCAGCAGGCGCAGCAGCAGGCCCUGCAGGCGAAGGGGCCGCCUGUGCCAUGGCCAGACAGGACGGAUGGCAGAUCUUUCCCGGAGUUCUCUCAGCGGCUCGCGACGCCCGACGCCUUCAGCGAGCGAAUGGCGGCAGCACCAGGGGCCCCAGGGGGCCAGCCGGCGGAGGUGAAAGGCGUCUCCUGCGGCUGGUGCCGCGGGGAGCGCUCGCCAAAGGCGCAGCUUCCCUUGCCCGAGCGCAGCCCCGGAGGCGAAGGCAGGUCGCCUAUCGAGGGCCAGUCUGGCCAGUGGUGGAACUCAUUCAUUGACCGUGGCUGAUGGAGGCUGGGAUCCAGUGAUGCUCUUUUCCCCGGGCAAGCCAAGACAAAAAGGCGAGUUGAGUUGUCUUCAAGGGAUCCU